AUGGACGAAAUUGAAAAGCGCAUCGCGCGCAUUGUGCAGAAAAGCACCGCAUUAAAAAAGGCAAUGCAGUCUUUGUCGACGUAUCUAGAAACCGAGGAUCGAGAUGAAACCAACGCGACCUUGCGUUCUAAACACAUUGAGGGGCUGUUUAACGAAUACGUGAUGAAUCACGAAGAGUUAAUUUCCUUACAAAGCGAUCACCCUCGAAUCACCGCGUUCGAUGAUUUACAGGCGACCUAUUUUGAUUUAGCAAGUAAGGUCAGAAAAUUGAGGACCCCUUCGAGACCUUUUGCGAAUUCAACUAUGUUGAACAACACUAACGUCACAUUUACCGAAAGGUACGAUAUGCCAAAACUUCCGCCUAUUCCCAUACCGGAGUUCGACGGUCAUCACCGAAAUUGGACGGCGUGGAAGAACAAUUUUCAAUCCCUCAUUCAUGAUCGCACGGAGUUCCCUGGUUUCGUGAAGCACCAACGCUUGAAGGAUGCGGUUAAGGGACUCGCGGCUAAAGUGAUAGGAGAAUUCAACCCCAGUGAUGAGAAUUAUCCAUUAGCAUGGGAAGCCCUUUAUAGUGCUUACGACCAACGGCGUGUUGUCACCAACCAGCAUUUAGAUAAGCUUCUCAAAUUGCAUAAGAUUACCGAGGCUAGUGCUGACGCUCUGGCGGACCUUAUGUACAAAGUCCGACAAAACGUCAAGUUGUUGAAAGGAAUGGACGUAGAUAUUCCCGACGCGAUAGUCGUGCGGCUGCUCGAACAUAGUCUACCAAAAAGCGUUGAAUCGCGAUGGAUGGAUCGUUUAUCCAGCGACAAAAUGCCAACACUCAACGAGCUUUAUGAAUUCAUUCAAAAUACUAUUUUCAAGCUUCGACAGAUGGACGAUCGAUCCAACAAUGAACGUGUUAAUAAGAAGCGGCUCGCAGAUUCCAAAUCGUGGCCCCCCGCUAAGAGUCAAAGGAUGGAGGCUCGAACCCUCGCGACUACAGCGAACACGUCGACUAAGCAUGCAUAA